UAAGGGAAAUAUCAAUAGCUUGCUUAAAGCUGCUAUUCCAACUUUCUUAUCUCCUGGCCAAAAUUUUCCUCCGUAGACGAGAAAGAAGAAAAUGAGCAUCUCAAUCUACACACCAGUUUCUCCCAAAAACCAUAUACUUUUGAAACCAAAUCAGAAUUCCCUUCCUGUUCUUCCAAGGUGCAUUUCAAUUGCUAGAAGAAGAAGAAGUACCACGAGAGCUCUGCUUUCACAUACCAAAGAAGCAGUCUUGAAAGAAUUUCAUGAGAAAAGAGCCCUUAAGAUUAUUGCAGGAUUGCAGAAUCUAGACAAAGAGAAUGUGGCUUCUGUUGUUACUGCUGCAGAUAAGGGAGGAGCAACCCAUAUAGACAUAGCUUGUGACCCUGAGCUGGUCAAGCUUGCCAUAAGCUUGACUAACCUUCCGGUUUGUGUUUCUUCUGUGGAUCCCGCAGCAUUUCCAGCUGCUGUUGAAGCAGGAGCCUUAAUGGUCGAGAUCGGAAACUAUGACUCGUUCUAUGAGAAGGGAUUGGUAUUCUCUCCUGAGCAGAUUCUGAAACUAACGAAGGAGACAAUGAGGAUACUUCCAUCAGUGACAUUGUCAGUCACUGUGCCUCACACACUAAGCCUUCCCGAUCAGGUCAAGCUGGCCGAGCUAUUAGAACAAGAAGGUGUUGACAUUAUCCAAACAGAAGGAGGAAAAUGCUCUACUCCAUCAAAGGCCGGUGUCCUUGGUUUAAUCGAAAAGGCAACACCAACACUAGCAGCAGCUUAUUCAAUUUCAAGGGCAGUCAAUAUCCCUGUCAUGUGUUCAUCUGGAUUGAGCGCAGUCACAGCACCAAUGGCGAUCACAGCUGGAGCUGCUGGCGUGGGCGUUGGCUCGGCCAUCAACAAGCUUAACGAUCAGGUGGCAAUGAUCGCAGAAGUCAAAUCCAUAGCUCAUUCAUUAGGAUUGUCAACAAAGACACAGAAUCUGUUUGAGGGUAGCAGUUUGAGACUGUAAUCCAAUCCAAUGUAGCAGGGCAAAGACCUGAAGCAAUUAGGAAUUAUUAUGAAAUUAAUAAGUAUUUCUAGCUUUAUUUUUUCGUC